AUGAUUGAUAAUUUGGUGGAAGAUCUUGAGAACAUAAGCUAUCCAUUUGCAAGAAAAGAAACGCUAAAAGACUGAGAAAAAUUAAAAGUAUAUUUUUAUGAUUUUUUGACCUGUUUCUUUCAACCUCAAUUCAACAAAAAAAUUCAAUAUAAAAACCAAUUGCUUAUAGAAACAAUCAAACAUGUCAUAUUAUGCACACAAGUAAUAUCAAUUCUCUGAUACCCGAGUAUGAAAAUUAAAGGCUGAAGUUCAUGCUCAAUUAUAUGGAAAUUUAUCUGAUUUGUUAAUUAUGACAGCUUACUUACACAUUUAAGAAUUUAUCGUCUUGGCUUCAUAAUACAAGUUUCAAUUAUGGGCUAUUUAUUCAUAAUUUGAUUGCUAUUCUUUAUACUGAAUUUUUUCAAUCGUAGAAUUUCACAGGGGUUUAUCUAUGUGUCACAAAUUAUUACGAGCUUUUUAGCUACAAUAUCUUUUAUUCCUUCAUUGACGAUUUUAUUGGUAACUUUUAAAUACUCAACAUUUGAUUUUAGUGAAGUUCAGGAAUAUUAUGAAAACGAUAAAUCAAGCUUUGAUUGCAGUAUUUAUGGAGCUAUAUUGUCUCCUAUCUUUUUAGUAUUCUUAAUUUUAGUAGCAUUUUUGAAUGAAUUUUUUACAGCUGAUCUUAAGCAUUCAAAUUCAACAAAAAAUAUUAGAGCAAGAUCGCAUUCUACACUAGAUUUAAUAUGGCUUGCAUUUUGUAUAAUUCAGGUAAAUAUAUUUAUUUUUGUGGAUCAAAAACUGAUGGCUUGAUAUUGAACUGCUUUAUUGAUCAUGUCAAUAUAUCUUCUUAUACAGUUUUGAAUAGACUUGCCAUAUUACAGCUCUAUGUUGAACUCAAUACACACAAGCAAAUUUGGCAUAAUAUCUGUAUGUUCAAUAGCAUUUCUAUGUGGAUAUUGAAAUGAUGAUGCAAGAACCUUGACUGUCUUAUGCAUUUUUUUCCCUCCAUUAGUUAUAUUUCUUUCAUUUGCUUUGACAUUCAAAAGAUAUUCGAGAUUGAAAACUCAUACAAAUUCUCCAAGACAUCAAUUUCAUUUUGAAAGAUGCCUUCGGCAUUCUCUAGUAGAUCAAUAUUGUGAUAAUAUAGAAGAAAUAAUAAAAAUAUUUUCAGAAUGCUUUAAUAAGAAAAAGAUAGACAUGGAUGGACUAUUUGUUAUAUGAGAAGCAAAUUUCUGCAUUAGUAUUGCUAAAAAUGAAAGGCUAGGAAGAUUAAAAUUAACUAAAAUGAGUCAAAUCAGGGAAAAUAUAGAAGCAAAUUAUCAAAAAUUCAGAAUUAUAAAUAAAUUAGGGAAGAAAAGUUUGUCUAACUUAUCAGAAAUUAAAUAUAUGGAAUAUUUAACAAAACUUGAUGAAGUAAAAAAAUAUGACAAAAAAAUCUGUUAUGAAUUAUUUAAAUUUUGGACAGAAAUUUCUUCCAGAAAACCAAAAUUUACGAAGCUAAAGCCCAUGAUGGAAAAAAUUUCGAAUCACUCUAUAAAAAUAAAAACACUAUAUAAGUCAAUUUUGACUAACAAUAAUUACUCAGAGGCUUGAGAAUUAUAUGGAACUUUUCUCAAAAAUAUCCUUGGAGAGCACGAGAAAGGGAAUUUAGUGCUAAAAAAAAGGAAUGAAAAUAAAGAAAUGAACUCAACUCGAGUUUCCAACUCAAAAAUCGAGUAUAAUGAAAAUUUAUGUGUUAUUUUAAUAUCUUUGGAUGCAGACUCAUUUGGGACCAUAUCAUAUAUAAACAAAAAAGCUUCACAAGUCUUAAAAGUUUCUCUUGACGAAGCAAUAGGGAGAGACAUCAAUGACUUUAUCCCAAAACCAUAUUCCUUAUUCAACGAAAAGAUAAAUUAAAUGGUAACGUCGACGGAAGAUGGACUCUGAGACACACUCCCUAUGAGCAGGCAAGAUCCAUCCUGAUGAAGCUGAAAAUAGAGCCUCUUCUACUUUUGAAGUGGGCAUUUGGGCUAGGGACGCCUGCUGAAGAGAGAAGCUUUGUUUCUCCCCCCGAAGGUUUUCCUAUCCUGAUAGAUGGGCAUAUACAUUAAAAUGGAGACACGUGUCAAUCUAAUGCGAAUUAGGACUAACUCCGAGUCAAAAAUCAAGUGUAUGCUCAAGAGAUGCUUAUCCGGGUAGGUUUUUGACUGCUUCCUGUAGUUAGAAAUGGAGGUGCUCAGCAGCGUCCUUUUAGAUCUGAGGUCUCAUGGCAUUCCUCUACCGAGAAACUAGGGGUUUCAGCCUGGCCACAGGAGAUUAGCUUUUUUCAUGUAGCUAUCGAAGGAAAGCACUUCGGCAUCUGACAGGCUCCAAGGAAUUGAUCCUUGAAAUCAAGCUACUCCUAUCGUCCAUAGCAGGCCCAGAAACCGUAAGCCGCUCACUCAAGACUGAAACUACAAGGCAGGGAGGAGACAGAAGGUACGGAAAGUGGACCCAUUAUAAGGAGAUAGACCCUCUGAGUUGGAGCUGAAUAGCGGAUGAACCUCCCAUAUGGGUGGUCUUUGGUAAGUGCGUCACCAAUAUGGCUAAUGCCUGCCUUUAAUAACCUAACCUAACCCUGAUAGAUGGGCUAAACGGGUUUUUCCAGGCAUCCACAAGAGGUGAUUUUAGCCUAUAGAGCUAAUCCGUAGGUUAAUUCAGAUAUGCAGUCUAGCUAUCUAUCCGCUUAUGGUCUUUUAACUCUUAGCUUAACUUAUUCCACAGUGAAAAAAUGAAGCAAUUUUAUGUAAACGGUAUAAAAACAAGACUGGAAAGGUUAAAUUUUUUAGUGCUACAGGACGGAUAUGGACAUAUAUUCGAAUGCAAUUUAGUAAUUGAACUUACUGCAUUUAACAAUAAAGCAUAUUUCAUGGUUAGAUUUAUAGAAAUCUUGUGUAAUAGGCAAGUAAUUUUAUUAUCCAAAGAAGGAGAAAUUUAUAAUCAUUCAGAAAAUUUAGGACCGAUUAUUGGAUACCAACAAAAAGAUUUUAGCCAUUUGAAUAUAUCAGAUGUUUUUCCAGGAGUCAAGCUAAAUAAACUGUAUUUAUUUUUGCCGAAAAUAAUAAUGUCAAAUGAAACUAAGCUCGCCUUGGUUCAUGUUCAAAUAGCAAUAAACUUAUAUACAAUCCAUUUAAUUUUCGUGAUAAGUGACAGUCUUGAUAUAGAAAAAUGACAAAAUGAAGAAGCCCCUGAACAAAUAGAAUUUUUCGGACAAUCUGAAUGCCAACUUAAUGAAAAUUAUGAAGAAAUUAGACACAAAAAUCCUAAAAAUACUUUGAUAUCAAUAAAUUCUGCUGAUCAAAUUUCUAAAGCAUUUUUAUAUGAGGAAAACCUAUGGGAAAAGGCUGCAGAUUACAGAGUGGAUCAAAAUCAAGAAAAAAACAUACUAGCAGACCGUAUUUAAUAUCUAGAGUUAUCAGCUCGAUAUAUAAGAAGGACCGAAUAUUCGAUCAGAAAGUUUUGAUGGAUUUUACUUUAUGCUGUAUUUUUCAUAUAGAUUUUAGCAAUGAUAGGUACAAAUACAGGAAUUUUGAUAUAUAUUAUAAACAAUGUCAACCAUACAACUUCUAUGGAAGUGUUUUCGAAUCUUGGAAGCAUAAUAUUCUAUAUUGGAACUACGCCAAUUUGGAUUAGAGUCGCUGAGUCAGAAAAAAUGCAAGGAGAGUUUAACUCAACAGAAGCAAUGAUAAAUCUAAAAUACAUUAGAACAUCACUAAUUCAACUUCAAAAUUCACUGAAAAGUGAUUAUUCUGAAUGAAGCUAUUGCCCUAGCUCUGAGAUAAUAGUUAGAAACAUUGUUCCCGUAUGGGAGUUUGGGCAAGAGCCUAAAAUAAAGCACUAUAACUUUUACGAUUUCGUUUCAUUGUUUAUUGAAUAUGUAUUUUUUAUGUAGAUAGGAAAAACAAUAGAAGAUUUCUCUACAAAAAUCUCAUAUAAAGAUGAUAUAAAAUGGCUAGAAGCAAAUUCAUUAAGCUAUCCUUUCCAGUAUUCAAAUGCAGCUUUAGAAGAUCUCGUAGAAUGCGAGAAAAAUAGAAUUUAUGAUAAAAGUCAAGUCGUUAUAAUUUUGAUAAUUGUUGGAACUCUGAUUUGUGGUGCAUGCUUGGCAUUGCUUAUGUAUUUCAGUUUUAUACUGAAAUUUAUAUAUGACAAAGCAUGGACAUAUUUAAGAAAGUCUGCCAUUUUUAAUCACAUUUUGCUUAAACAAGCCUGCUUGGACAGACUUAUAUCUGUUCAUGGCGUUGAAAUGACAAAUGAGCACAUAUUAUAUGAAAUAAUCCCAAAAAAUAUGAAUUUUAAUAUAAAAACAACUCUCACAAAAAAUUUCUUCAUAAGACUCUGCAUUUUUGUCAUAAUUUCGCUAUGCUUUUAUUUAUUUACUGUUUUUUAUUCUUAUGAUAUCUGCGAAAAUUACAUGAUAAAUCGGCCAAAAUUGCUACAGCUCUUCAAUAAGCAAAGAAUAGUACUUGGAAAGAUUUUGUACUAUACUAAAGAAAUAAGUGAGUCAUGCUUAGAUGAUUAUCCAAAUUCCUGUGCUUUUCAAGAUCCAAGAACUGAAUUUGAUAAAUUAAUUGAAGAAUAUCAAAAUUUAGACUCUAAUAAAUUGCUUUCAAACGGAAUGAUUGAAUUUCAGUCUGAUGAUAUGAAAAGAGACCUUUAUGAAAAAACAGAUUAUUCUGGCGAUUAUUUGAAGUAUGGAUUAAUCCCUGCAGCGCAUUCUUUAAUUUUUGACUCUAUUUAUAUGAGAGGUAGCUAUAAUGAAUCAGAGUUUCUUAACCUCUUUUCAGAGUCCACAUUUUUGCAAUUAGCCAUGUCAGAGUUUUUACCAUUAUCGGAAAAACGAACAAAGCAUGCAAUAUUUUUUCAGCUAAAUAUAAUUGUAUAUACAACUGUUAUUUUUUCAAUAGCUUUAGGAGCUUUGUAUCUCUGUUACUACUUGCCUUAUUUAAAAAGAGAGAUUUCAUUUCUCAAAAAGUCAAGAAUUUUGCCAAAAAUCAUUUCAAAUUUGACAUCUCAUAAGAGUGAGGUAGAGUAUAAGCAAGCUUAA